AUGAGUGCAUUGGAAUCUCCGCUAGAAGCUUUAGCGUUCAACUACUUGAGUUUCGGACUUUAUACGGUUGUCAACAAUAUAUGGACGUGGUUGGCGGUGAUAGCGGCGGCUUUCAGCUUCUGGAGGAUCAAAACAUCCUCAGCACUGCUGAAACCGGCACUAGUACGUGGAGAUUUUUCCGACGAUGCAUCUCCUUCGCUGCCGCAGACAGCGUUUGUACCACCGUCAGAACAUGUUGAGACGGUGGCAGCUGAUGAGCCUGCUUCAACUUCUAGGGGACCCUCAAUAACAGCUCCUACUACUAUAUCACCGUCCGUUGUAUUUCACAUAGUACACAGCACAAAAGGGAGAUUGACAACCUAUUUUAAGCAGGAUGAUGUCCUUGGACCAUGUGAUGACUAUGUGGACUGCCGCGAUAGCACAGACAAAGGCGAAUCCAUUUCAAGUCAGUGGGUACAGAGUUCCAUAUUUUCGAACAAUGGUACUGUAGAAAUGGAGGAUUUAAUGUGUAAUGAUUGGUAUCAGAGUUGGGAAAAAGUGAUUAGAACAAAAAAAGGGGAAAUUGGGUGGUAUAGUUACCAAGAUUUGCAUGUUAUUGACGGUAACGUAGUUAGAUUGUGGGAAGGUUGUAGACGGCGGAGAGAAGCGGAAGCCACCGCUUUCCUGGGUGGAGUAGUUAAGACGUGGUAG